UCAUUCGGUUUUGCUAAUCACAUGUCCAAAUUACUAUGCUUUUUGUAUCUGAUUUUGUUCUGAAUGUUAUGUAUCUCUGAUUUCUGGUAACAUUAGUCAAAGUCAGUGUUUCUCAGGCAAAACAUCCUGCACAUUGAAGAGUUCCCCCUUUAUUCUUAUAUGCAUACUGAGCUGGAUUUAAUUUUCUCCAUUAUUUAAACAGAGUAAAAAAAGGAGAAGAAAUAUAUAGCUAAACCACCAUGUAGGGAAGUCUAAAUUUAGCAAUUUAUUGAUGCUCGUAGUUCUCUGAGGUUAUGAGUAUUGGAAAAUUCUGCUCUACAGCACUGGAACAAAUCCCUAUUUGUUUAACUCAUUUGAAACCCGUGGUCAAUUUUUCCAACAACUCUUCACUAAAAAAAAGUAUAGUGUCUAUUUAAAAUUAGAGGAACCCCACUGGAACCUACCUGCGACAGUUCGACCGAAAGAAGAAGCAUCGAUCAUCGGUCUAUUCCUGCUAAAGUCUUCCAUAUGAUAUGAUAGAUCUAUUUCUCUCUCAAAAGUCAAGUUUCUCACCACUUUGCUUCUAUUCAUUCUUGAUCUUUUUUUUGUUAAUGGAACGAAUGAAAUGAACAUUGAUUGAUCGAAAACUGCUAUAUUUGAAGUCGAUCCGAUCCCAACUUCAAGUUCCCACCGAACCAGUGGGGAAGAGAAACCAUGAAACACAAGUACACGUUUUCCAUGAUAGUUAAUUCCAAGCCUUGAAAUAGCUAGUGUUGAAAGCUUCUGGGGUUACUCGUAUAUACAGUCCUUGGACACUUACUCUUCUAUGAGUAGGAAAUUAGGUUUCAUCGGAAAUUAUGAGCAUACAAAGAACCUCUACAUCUUUCCCCCCUUCACCUCCUCAGUGGAAAUAUGAUGUCUUUUUGAGUUUUAGAGGCGAGGAUACUCGAAAGGCUUUUACAGACCACUUAUACGCUGCAUUGGAACAUCAAGGAAUCAUAACUUUCAGGGAUGACCCUGAACUUCAAAAAGGUAAAGCUAUUUCUCCGGAACUUUUUGCUGCAAUUGAAGAAUCAAGAUUUUCUCUCAUUGUUCUGUCACAAAAUUAUGCAUCGUCAACAUGGUGCUUGGAUGAGCUUGUAAGAAUUCUUGAAUGCAUGAAAGCAAGAGAAAGUGUGUUGCCAAUUUUCUAUGAUGUUGAUCCCUCUGAUGUACGAAAGCAAACAGGAUGUUUUAGAGAAGCCUUCAUUAAUCAUGAAGAAAGGUUUAGGGAUGAUAAAGAGAAAGUGCGAAGGUGGAGAUAUGCUUUAACUGAAGUGGCAACUUUCUCCGGGUGGAAUUCAAAGGAAUGGUAUGAAUCAAAGCUCAUUAGAGAUAUUGUUGAGGUUAUAUGGACAAAAUUGCAACCUACAUCAUUCAGCUAUGCAGAAAAUCUAGUUGGAAUUUACUCAAGAUUGCAGCCAGUCAAUUUGCUUUUAGGUGUAGGGGUGGAUGAUGUCCGCUUCAUUGGGAUAUGGGGAAUGGGUGGGAUUGGUAAGACAACUAUUGUAAGAGCGGUGUAUGAGAGAAUCUCUCGUGAAUUUGAAUUUAGUUUCCCUCUUAUGGAUGUUAGAAGCUCCGUUGAAAAAAGUGAUCUACUUAAUUUACAAAAGCAGCUUCUCUCUGGGAUCUUGACAAAACAGGCCAACAUAUCAGACCUUCAUGAAGGAGCCACCAUUAUAAGGAGGUUGUUAGGUCAAAAAAAAGUUCUUCUCAUUCUUGAUAAUGUGAACCAUUCAAGCCAUUUAAAAUAUUUGGCAGGAAACCAAGAGUGGUUUGGUUCAGGGAGUAGAGUUCUUAUCACAACUAGAAAUGAGCAUUUGUUGAUUGAACAUGGAGUGGAGAGAAGAUUGAAGGUCGAAGAAUUAAAUCAUGAUGAUUCUCUUCAGCUUUUUAGCUGGAAAGCAUUCAAAAGAGUUUACCCUGAAGAAGAUUUUCUUGAUUUGUCAGAAUAUGUUAUAGAUUAUGCCAAAGGUCUUCCUUUAGCUCUUGAAGUACUGGGUUCUUUUUUGUAUGGAAGAGACCUAAGUGAAUGGAAUAGUGCAUUGACAAAACUGGGAAGAGUUUGUAACUUGGAAAUUUUUGACAUACUUAAAGUAAGUUAUGAUGGUCUGGAUGAUGAGGAGAAGAAAAUAUUCCUAGACAUUGCAUGCUUCUUUUGCGGAGAGGACAAAGAUCGAGUAACAGAAGUACUGAUGAGUUGCGAUGUUUCUGCAAUUAUUGGAUUAAAAGUUCUUACCGAAAGAUCUCUCUUGACUGUUUCGCAUGGAAGACUAUGGAUGCACGAUUUGCUCCAAGAAAUGGGUAGGGAAAUUGUACGCCGGGAAUCUACUGAUGAGCCAGGCAAGCGCAGUAGGUUAUGGCUUCCUGAAGACAUCAAACAUGUCUUGACCAAAAAUAAUGGAACUGAAGCAAUAGAAGGCAUAUUUGUGGACUUAACCGAGUCAGAAGUAAAGGUGGACGUGAAUCGAAAAUCAUUUUCAAUGAUGAACAAAUUGAGAUACCUGAAGAUUAAUAAUGGGAAUCUACCUAAGGGGCUUGAAUCUCUUCCCAAUAGUUUACGGCUUCUUGAUUGGACGAGGUAUCCGUUAAAAUCUCUGCCAUCACAUUUCGACCCUCAAAAGCUGCUCGAACUUAGUUUGUGUCAUAGCUGUAUUAAACAUGUUCGGAUAGGAACUGAGCCUUUAUACAAUUUGCAAACCAUUAAUCUGAGUCACUCUCUGAAUCUUGUCAGCACCCCAAAAUUUAAAGGCAUGCCAUAUCUCGAGUUCAUAGUUCUUGAAGGUUGUAUAAGAUUGUAUAAGGUUGAUCCAGGAAUUGAAGUGCUUGAAAGACUUAUUGUGCUGAACUUGAAAGAUUGUAAGAAUCUUGUGCGUCUUCCAAGCAGUGUAAGUGGCUUAAAAUCUCUCGAAGAUCUCAAUCUUUCUGGUUGCUCAAAGCUUGAAAAAUUGCCAGAUGAGUUGGGUCAUGUUGCUUGUUUGGAGACACUUGAUGUGAGUGGAUCUGGCAUAAGAGAAGUGCCCUCCUCAAUUGGUCUUUUGAAAAACUUGAAAGAAUUAUCCCUUCAUGGAUGUAAAGCACAGUCACCUAAAUCCUGGAAUAUGGUGUUCAACCCUUUUCAGUUAUUGCAAAAAAGAAGUCACAUUCGCGCAGGAUUGUCGUUGCAUUGUUUAUCUGGUUUGCAUUCAUUAACCAAACUGGAUUUAAGUGACUGCAAUCUUUCUGAAGAAGCAAUGCCGAGUGAUUUUGGAUGCUUGUCUUCAUUGAGAGAAUUAAAUCUCAGCAGAAAUCAAUUUGUUAGACUACCUGGGAGCAUCGGCCAACUCUCUGGACUUGAAACUCUUCUCUUGAAUCAGUGCCGUAAGCUCAGGAUAUUACCAGAGCUUCCAUCUUAUGUAUGGGUAGACGCUAGCAACUGCAUUUCAUUAGAUACAUUGGCCAAUCAAAAUGGACAAUACAAUUCGAUGCUAGAAGGAACAUUUGUUAAUUGUUUCAAAAUGGUGGAGAAUGAAAGCUGUGGGAGUAUAGCACUUUCAUUGCUAACACGCUAUCUGAAGUUUCAACAUUGGGGUUCGUCCGUACAUUCUACCCGUAAUUUUAGCUUUAUUGGUCCUGGAAAUGAAAUACCAGAGUGGUACAAUCACCAAAGUGUGGGGUCUUCAGUAACUGUAGAGCUGCAUCCAGGUUGGUUUAGUAACAAGUGGACGGGAUUCGCCUUCUGUGUCGUUUUUAGACUUCUCAACCCACUCCCGCCUUUGGUUAAGAUGUCCAUUAUGUGCUCAUGGACGGCCAAUGGACAAUCCUUGAGCAGCUUUGGUCUAGGGUUUGGUGAAGAGUGGGGUCUGCCUGUGUUGGAUCACACUUGGUUCACCUUUUUGCCCCGUGUUGGAUUCUUUGAAGAGUGGCAGGAUAUCUACUAUCAGCUUCUAAUCUCAUUUCAUUUCUGCCACGUGGAUGCCGCAAUAAUAAAUGAGGAAAUUCUGCAAGUGAAGAACUGUGGGGUCCGUAUGGUAUACGAGGAAGAUGUGGAGGAGCUUUGGCAAACAUUAAUGAAGCAAAACAAUACCAGACCAGGCCUUCAACACUAUGAUAAUGAUGAUGAUGAUGCAGCAUCUAGUAGUGCAAAUCGGGCUCAUCCAAAUAGAUUUAAACAACUCCACCUUGAGGGGGCAGGACCUAGUGUAAGCCCUUACAUUCAUGACUAGAAACAUGGUUAAUGCAUUUUUUUUUUUUGUGUGUGAAAAGAAUUCUUGCUUUCGUAUGAACACAUGCAUUACUUUUCAUUUGGUUAAUUAUGCCUGCCGGUGUGAUUGAUCCUUUGCUCGAUGAAGCAG